UCUAUUGUCGUUCUGUAUUUUGUUUGAGUCACUGUCCAAAGAUUUGAGAAUUUGUCGAACUAGUUUUAAUUUCAUCGUCAAAAUGAGGGAUGUCAGUGCUUAUUUAUCUGCUCAACAAACGCAAGGCUCACCAGAAAAGGCUCAGGAAUGGGCACAAAUGGAAGAAUAUUACAACAAAAAAUUAUGGCAUCAACUUACUUUAAAGCUUACUGCUCUGGUGAAAAAUCCAAGUAUGCAACAAGGAAAAGCGUUAUUAGAGUUAUAUGAAAACUUCCUGGCUGAUUUUGAGAAUAAGAUCAAUCCCUUGUCCCUUGUAGAAAUCCUGAAGUUUGUUGUUCGACAGAUAGACGAUUAUGAUAAAAAGAUUGACUUUAUGACCAAAACCAAAGAAAAGGUUAAAGGUAACAAUGAAGCAGUUGUAUUAUGCAACAUCAUUCUUGGUCUUUUGAAGUUAGAAAAAUCAGAUUUGGAUGGCGUAAAAAAAAUUUUGGAAGAAACAGAGAAGAUGAUUGAUGAUAUGGAUGGCAUUAGUUCAGUUCAUGGACGCUAUUAUCAACUUAGCAGUGAUUAUCAUCAGAUAAAUGGUCAACAUGCCGAGUACUAUAGAGAUGCCCUGAGGUAUCUAGGUUGCACUGAUCUGUCAGAAAUUGAUGAGGAGGAGAAGAAAGCUAAAGCUUUCACAUUGUCAUUGGCAGCUCUGCUUGGAGAUGGAGUUUACAAUUUUGGUGAACUUCUCGCCCAUCCUAUUCUGAAUUCUCUUAAAGGUACCAGCAAAGAAUGGGUAGUUGAUCUUCUGUACACAUUUAAUAGUGGUAACUUGGGGAAAUAUGAAGAUCUCAGAAAACUUUGGUCAACACAAGCUGAUUUGUCUGCUCAUGAAAUUGCUUUGCGCCAGAAAAUAUCUCUGUUGUGCUUAAUGGAGAUGACUUUCAAAAGACCUGGUAAUAAUCGUGUGUUGUCAUUUUCUGAAAUUGCUAGUGAAACUAGACUUCCUGAAAAUGAGGUAGAGUUAUUGGUAAUGAAAGCAUUGUCAUUAGGACUUGUAAAAGGAUCCAUUGAUCAAGUAGAUAAAACUGUGAAUAUGUCUUGGGUGCAGCCACGUGUCCUAGAUAUUGAACAGAUUGGAGGUAUGAAACAAAGACUGGAUCACUGGUGCCAAGAGGUACAAAGUAUGGAACUUUUGCUUGAAAACAAAGCAUAUGAUAUUUUGACAUAAUAGUAGUAAUCAUCACAUAGUGUAUUUUAUCACGUCAGAAAAAUAACUCAUCUGAAACUGUACACCUUUUGCGUAAUAAAUGUUUCCGGUUUAA